ACUCUCACUGCUCAACAGGAGGACGUAGUAGAGCGGAAGAGCCUCAAUGGGGACCUCCUCCAUCCAAACUUUUGUCGUCGACUAGUGCAGAUUGGGGGCUACUACGCUUGGCGAAAACACGACAAAUUUACUAUAGAAGAGCAUGUGGUGAUGGCGCCUCUACACUACCGCGGGCGCCUCGUUACCUCCAGGAACGUGCAGGAGUAUGUGAGCGAGGUGGUGAGCGAGCCCCUGCCCCACGACCUGCCACCAUGGCGGGUCACUGUGAUCACUACCUGUGAUGGAGGAGGCGGCGAGACGUGGAUGGUGGCGCGCGCCCACCACCUCCUGGCCGCCAAGCUGGCCCUACCGGACUUGUUGGUGACGGCCUAUCCUGACCCGUGGCGUCACCCAGCCACCCGGAGCCUCACCCUUCUCGCCGCCCCUGCCGCCACCACCCGCUUCCUUGGCACCGCCAUCACACUGGCCUCCACUACAGCAGCCACGGUUGGCGAGGCGUGCAGGCGGUGGUGUCAUGAGCGAUUCACGAGUUUUAAGACUCCCAUCUUCGUCGUGGUGGAGGAGGCCCUGCAGGCCGCCUACAAAGUUGCAUCUGAGGAGGACCCAGCACCUGUGGCCCGGGUCCUGGCUGCCUCUCUCACCUUCAUCUCUAUACUGAGAGGAAAACUUGUCAGCUGUAUUAGUUCACUCUGGGUAACCACAAGAGAGCAUUGCAACGCUGAGCGUGUAUGGCACUGUUGCCUCAUAUGUGUGGCCUGGGGUGCCAGGCUGUGGUGGCAGUGUGCUUUAUGUGUGCUGAGGCUGCCCUGGACCCUCCAUGUGUGGUGCACAACCUUGUGUUGUUGGGUGAGGGAGGUCCGCGCUACAGAGCACUGUGUCAUUCUGGAGGAUGCCAUUGUGGAGGUGUACUGGAUGAUCCGAGCUUUUGUCACCCUGCCGCGCCUGGUGCUGGAGGAGGCGCUCAGCACCCGAGGAGCGACGCCACUCAUGGGCUGGCUUGGACGCCGCCGACGGUUGCGGUCAACCCGGGGACGGGGUCACAGCAUGGCGGUGGCAUGGAGUGACCCCGUGCCUCUCAGCACCGCCCGCGGUGUACGAGGUGUCACGGGGGCCACACUGACAGAAGUGCUGCUGACUGCCUCAGCUGGUGCAGUCCGAGACUACCUCCGUGUCAUGGGACUGCCUGUCCCCGACGAGGUCAGCUGCACACUGCCCGUGUACUCCCAGCGGUGGGCUGAGAGCGGCCCGAGAGCCCACACACCCGGUCUGGUCACCUUGGCCCUCCCCACUGGUGCCACCGAGGCCUCCAUGGCCCUACACACACUGCGAGAAUCUAUGGGAAAAGUACAAGCCUACCCUGAGCGUUACCUGGCAUCUGUAUGGCUCAUGAGGAACGUGGCAUACUUCCUGCCCGAGUCGCUGCUGGGUAUUGUGUUCCGGGCACUGUCGGCUCGCUACCCGGUGCUCAUGUCCAACCUGGCUGGGCCGUCGCAUCCCAUCACUCUCUGGGGCCAUCACCUCGUCAACAUAUUUCACUGGAGGCCUCCGCAGGAUGGCGCCGUGUUGUCGUUGUGUGUGGCGUCGUACCUGGGUCGUGCCCGACUGGGGGUGAUGGGCGACGCCAGGGUGGUGCCCAACGCCGCCUCCCUGCCCCAGGCCUUCGUCACCCACCUCAACGAGCUCGCUGUCAACACCGGCGUCAGGCUAGAGCGUAGGUCCUCCCGUAGCUGGCUCCCUGGUAGCUCUCCAGGCACCACGCCCACACCUCCGCCCACGUCCACCUACUCACAAGCAGGAUUCUUCCUGCAGUGGGGGAAGGUGAAGCCAGUGGUACAGCUUGCCAGAAGACAGUCGGCUGUGUUCUAGUGUGGGGCAGUUCCACAGCCCCUACUCCAUCACACCCAACACCAAGCUGAAGCAAAUUGCAAGUGUCAGCAUAUCCAUCAGCAGCGAAAGACGUCUUUCGCCUGUAACUUUAUCAAACAGCAAAAUCAUCGAUGCCCAUACCCAAUAAAUGUAACUUUAAAAAUAAUA